GUCCCGCCUCUUUGAUGUCACUUCCGCCCCGGGGCAAAAUGGCAGCGCCCGGUCCCUGCCACGCAGACUUCCGUCUGGCUGGGAGAGCAGGUGCCGGUGGCGGGUCGUGUCGGAGGUGAGGUCGUGACAUUCGGCGUGGAGCUUCAGCACAGGCACCAUGUCGGAAGGAAACGCAGCGGGCGAGCCCAGCAACCCUGGAGGGCCGCGACCCCUUCUCUCUGGGGGUCGGGGGCUGAUCGGCCGGCGGCCUGCACCCCCGCUUACUCCGGGCCGCCUUCCCUCCAUUCGCUCCCGGGACCUCACCCUUGGCGGAGUCAAGAAGAAAACCUUCACCCCAAACAUCAUCAGUCGGAAGAUCAAAGAAGAACCAAAGGAAGAAGUAACCAUGAAGAAGGAAAAGCGUGAGCGGGAUAGAGACCGCCAGCGUGAGGGUCAUGGACGGGGACGUGGCCGCCCAGAAGUGAUCCAGUCCCAUUCUAUCUUCGAGCAGGGCCCUGCAGAAAUGAUGAAAAAAAAAGGGAACUGGGAUAAGACAGUGGAUAUGUCGGACAUGGGACCUUCUCAUAUCAUCAACAUCAAAAAAGAGAAGAGAGAAACAGAUGAAGAAACCAAGCAGAUCCUGCGUAUGCUGGAGAAGGAUGAUUUCAUCGAUGACCCAGGGCUAAAGAAUGACACACGGAACAUGCCGGUACAGCUGCCACUGGCUCACUCAGGGUGGCUUUUUAAGGAGGAGAGUGAAGAGCCAGAUGUUAAGCCUUUUUCGGCUGGCCCUAAGGAAGAAGACAUGGAAGUGGACGUGCCUUCUGUAAAAGUGAAAGAGGAGCCGCGGGAUGAGGAAGAGGAGGCCAAGGUGAAGGCCCCUCCCAAAGCAGCCAGGAAGACUCCUGGUCUCCCAAAGGAUGUGUCUGUUGCAGAGCUGCUCAGGGAGUUGAGCCUUUCGAAGGAUGAAGAACUGCUGUUCCUUCAGCUGCCUGAUACCCUCCCUGGGCAGCCACCCACUCAGGACAUCAAGCCUAUCAAGACAGAGGUGCAGGGCGAGGAUGGACAGAUGGUAGUUAUAAAGCAGGAAAAAGACCGGGAAGCCCGUUUGGCAGAGAACGCUUGUACCUUGGCUGACCUGACAGAGGGUCAAGUGGGCAAGCUGCUCAUCCGAAAAUCGGGGAAGGUACAGCUCCUCCUGGGCAAGGUGACCCUGGAUGUGACCAUGGGAACAACCUGCUCUUUCCUGCAGGAACUGGUGUCUGUGGGCCUUGGAGACAGCAGGACAGGGGAGAUGACAGUCCUGGGACAUGUGAAGCACAAACUUGUAUGUUCUCCUGAUUUUGAAUCCCUCUUGGAUCACAAACACCGGUGAAAUAAACAGAUGGAGGAGGACGGUGACUGCCCACGACUGCUGCCUGCUCCAGACGUUUUCUUCUCAAAUCCAUGCAGCCCAGAAGGGACCUGUUUAACCCACCCACUGCAGCCUUUGGCAGCUGUAGUUCCAGUUUCUCUGGAUUAGGGCCCAUGCUGCACCACCUACCCCCGUCAGCUGUGAAUGGCACAGUGACCUUCCCACAGCAUGAGUAUGGAAGAUACAUCCUCAGUGCUGGCUGGGAACUUGACCCUGUUAAUUUAUUUUUUAUUUAUGUCUUAAUCCCCAUUACUAACUGCAUCCUCCCAAGGUAGGAUGGGACAGGCUUCUUGUUGGGGAACCAUGGGCUACAUGGAUAGGAAGGGGCAGUGUUCAAGCAGAUAGGAAAGAAUAAGGGUAGAGUUUGAGACUUAAGACUCAGUCCCAGUUCACUGGUUCUGUGUUUUUAAACAAACUACUCUAAACUUUCUGAGCCUCAUAUUCCUCAUCCAACAAACACGAGAAUAAUACCUACCUCACAGGGUUGGUGUGAGGAUCAAAUGGAAUAUUGUAGCUGGGAAUUCCUUGCACAAGACCAGCAUCCAUUAUAUAUCUGUAUAUAUGUGUAUAUAUAUAUUUGUGCUCAAUAAAUGUUAGUUUCCCUUUC